AUGUCGCGAAAGGUAAAACUUUCACCUGUUAAUUUACUAGUGCUAGCAUUACUGUUGGUUUCAUCUUACAUCGAUGUUCUUUCGGCGUUUGGCCAUAGAAAACAACAUUUACAAGUGGUAGAACAAGAAGUCGAUGCUCUAUUGAAAUGGAAAUCAAGCCUUGUGAACCGCACUUCUUCUCUCCUCUCAACAUGGAAGAUAAACUCCAGCGCGAGUACAACGAGUCCGUGCAGGUGGCAAGGAAUCACUUGCAACAAAAAGGGAAGCAUUGUUGAACUUAGUGUAACCGGUUUCGGUUUACAAGGUAAGCUCCAGAAUUUCAACUUUUCAUCUUUCUCAAACAUCGUUAGUCUUGACUUGAGCGAGAACAAACUCUUUGGAACCAUUCCCUCCCAAAUUAGUGAUCUUACAAAACUCACCCACCUUGAUCUUUCCUUCAAUAAACUUUCUGGAGAUAUUCCACCACAAAUAGGUUCUCUCACAAGUCUACUAUAUUUAGGCCUUUCUGAAAAUCAAAUCAGUGGAUCCAUCCCUCAAGAAAUUGGCAAUUUAUAUCUUCUUACUAAUCUACUGUUGUACACAAAUAAUCUGACUGGUUCGAUACCUACUUCAAUAUGUAGUUUGACCAACUUGGAACAUUUAUCAAUUUUUGAAAAUAACCUUUCUGACAUCAUACCUCGAGAAAUUGGUGGGCUAAGAUCUCUUACUGUCUUUUAUAUGUACAAAAACAAUCUCAUUGGUUCAAUCCCUGCGUCUUUAACCAAUUUGACGAGCUUGAACACUCUUAACCUACAUGACAACCAACUUUCUGGCACAAUUCCUCGAGAUAUCGGCAAGCUAAGUUCUCUUACAAGCUUAGAUUUGGCAUCAAACAAUAUCAAUGGUUCACUCCCUACUUCAGUGUGCAAUUUAACAAACUUGGCCCAUUUAUCAGUUUUUGAAAAUAACCUUUCUGACAUCAUACCUCGAGAAAUUGGUAGGCUUAUGUCUCUUACAAGUUUUUAUUUGUACAAAAACACACUUAAUGGUUCAAUCCCUGCUUCUUUAACCAAUUUGUCUAGCCUAGAAACUCUUUUACUAUUUGAAAACCAACUUUCUGGCACAAUCCCUCAAGAUAUAGGAAGGCUAAACUCUCUUACGACCCUAGAUUUCCGCACCAAUAAACUCACUGGUUCAAUCCCCGCAUCAAUAGACACUUUGAGAAAUUUAACUCAUUUAUCUCUAUUUCAAAAUGAAUUAACUGGUUCAAUAGAAUUAAUCAACAAUCUGACACAGUUGAAAGUAAUUUAUUUGAACGAGAACCAUUUUUCUGGUUAUUUACCUCAAAACCUUUGUCAAAGUGGAACACUUGAAGUAUUUGUGGCACAUGAUAACCAUUUCAGGGGUCCUAUACCAAGAAGCCUUAGAAAUUGCACUAGCCUUAGAAAUCUGGGACUCCAAAAAAAUGAACUGGUAGAUAAUAUUACAGAGGCAUUCCACGUGUAUCCGCAUCUACGUGGGUUUUUUGUUGGUGGCAACAUGUUGUAUGGUGAACUCUCAAAAGACUGGGGAAAUUGCCAAAUGCUGAGAGGCGUAUCUUUCGCAUGGAACAAUAUUACUGGUACAAUACCAUCUGAAAUGGGAAAGUUGAAGAAUUUAGGUGAACUUUUUCUUAGUUCAAAUAAUUUAGUUGGGGAAAUUCCAGAUGAGUUGCUGAAACUGUCCUCAUUAAUCGAAUUAGAUUUGAGUAAUAACCAGCUUUUUGGUCCGUUGUCUUCGGCAAUUGGAAUGUUGUCCAACGUAAAAUAUCUCGAUUUAUCAACUAAUAAUCUCAUCAAAUCAAUACCCAAACAACUAGGAGAGUGUUCAAAUUUAUUAUAUUUGAAUUUGAGCUCAAACAAUUUUAAUGAAAGCAUCCCACCUCAGAUUGGUAACUUGGAUUCGUUACAGAUGUUCUUAGAUCUUAGUUAUAAUGAGUUGAGUGGAGAAAUACCAUCAGAUUUUGGUAAGUUAAGAAAACUAGAACAUUUGAAUUUAUCGCACAACAAAUUGUCCGGCUCGAUUCCAUCUUCAUUUGAUCAAAUGCUUAGCCUGACCAUUGUUGAUGUUUCGUACAAUGAACUGAGUGGUCCUCUUCCGAAUAUUAAGGCAUUUACGGAUGCUCCUGUUGAUGCACUGAAGAACAACAACGGAUUAUGUGGUAAUAUCUCCAGAGGUUUAAAACCGUGUAAUACCAAUCCUACAAUUGAAGUCGAAGAAGAUGUUCAAGAGGAUGCAAAUGAGAGAAUAUUGUUUUACGGUGUUGUUUUUUUAGGGUUCGGAGUUGGAUUUUGGGGUUUGUUCUUGGUUCUGCUUCUCAAAAAAGAGAAAUGGUGGUUCGGAUAUUGGAGAAUUAUUGAUUCCAUUGUGAUCACAAUAAUCAGUUGUAUCCAGAAAAAUUGA